AUGCAGCAUGCGUGGACAAAGACUGGGCCAGGGGAAGGUUAUCGUGCGGUUGCUGCGGUAACGCCUCCGCACGCGGCAGCACAUGAGCCAGCUCUUGCAGCACCUGCUACUUUGGUGGAGUUAUGCAAGCCAGAGCAGUUUAAACAAGGAACUAUGAAAGGGACUCCCGGGCAGAGCCACCACUCCAAAAGCAAACAGGAGGACCCAUCGAGACUGACAGUGGCGAUAGCAUCCGCGCGGUUCCUCGUCGCCCUUCUGAGGGUGCUAUCUCAACCAGUUCCAACACAGUUAUUCAGGAAAGCACCGGCGCUAGAAGGGGCAGGGAAAACAGCGGCAGCACAAGCUGCAGGACUGGCUGCAAAAGUAUUGGCGGCGAGCAGUGCCAGUAGUAGCAGCGCAGGUUGCGGUGCAAAGAAACCGCAAGUCCCUCCAUUAUCAGCUCCGGAUAUUGCUUUGCUACUACGCGACUAUGCGUCUUUUGUACAGCGGACGGAACGACAGUUGCAGCGGCUGCAGAGGCAGGUGCAGCAGGAGGAGCUUGAUGCUACAGAAUACCAGCAUGAACAACAACAGAGGCAGCAACGGAUGACCGGAGAGAGGUCGUGGAAGCCCUCGGGCGCUUUCGAUAAGACUGGCCUCAUGCUGCAGCAGCAGAAGCUGCGGCUGGAGGAAGCUCAGCAGCUAAGGCGAUCUGUUGCCGAAGGAGUUGUGGUUUGUCAGUCGUUGCAUGCGCGCCUUUCCUCCUUGCUGCUGGAAUCGCCUUCCACCGAUGGUACGGCAGUUGGCACUGAUUUACUUUUGGCGAAGCUACGCCGCGAUUUUGCCCAGCAGCAACAACAAUACUCGCGACUUUUGCGGCUUGUUCAGUCAAAUGCUGAGCUGCUACGGGAACCUGCCCGAGCGUUAAAACCUCCCGAGGAAGCAGAAGCAGCUCGAAGUUCCCGAUAUAGAUUAUCUGUUUAUGGAUCACACUUUGAGCACCCACAGAGGCGAAAGAGGACCGCCAGCAUCUUGUGGAGCCCAGAGAGGGGUUCUGAGGAGGAGGCGGAGAAGGAGCUUGAUGGAUGCUUUUCUUCAAGUAGGAACUCAGGAGGCAUCUGGCAACAUGGGUGUGCACAGGGCCUCCCUCCACUCCUUAUUGGGCCCCCCAGUGCCAGGAGUGCCCCAAGACGGUCCCCAGAAAGAGGCCUGUGGGAGGCCGCUGCUUUGGUCGAAGUCCAUGAGGAUUACGAGAAGCAGCAGAUUCUUACUGAGAGGAAAGAGCAGCUGAAACAGCUGCAGCAGGUAGAGCGCUGCGUCACCGCGCUGCGCGAGUUGCAGCUGCACGUAGCAGCCGAUGUGGGGAAGAGCACAGAGCUUUUGCAUGUAGCGGAGGAGCAGACCGGAGCAGCAGCAGAUCAUACUGCAGCAGGAGUUGGAGAGUUGGCUUCCGCAGCGCGCGGCAAAAGCCGCUGGUGGGGGGUGCAGGGAGGAGGUGCUGCUGCGCUAGUGGGGGUGAGCGUUGGUGCCAUUGCGGGUGGACCCGUGGGCGCGGCUGUGGGAGCCGUUGUUGGUGCUGUUGCCGGCAUAUCCUCUGGUGCUGCUUUACGGGGAAGGCAUAGAGAUCGGAUAGACGCGGUUGCUAGAUCAGCGAGGUGCCAGAGGGUGCAGCGUCUCAAACGUUCGUCAGAAGUUACUAGAAUGGGGGUCUCUGCUGGCGGCGUAGCAAGUGCAUUCACAUCCUCAGGGAACGGUUUGCAUGUUCCGGGAAUCCAGCCGAGGACAGCUGUAUGCUCUAGCAGGCCCCUGUAUGACAUCAAGAGGACGACAGAGGGCAGUUCCAUGCUUGAGACGAGUGGCGCAACGGCAGAAGGCCGCCGCCACAUCACGGCAGACUCCGCUAAAAGGAGCACUGCGAGAGGCGCAGACACUGCCCGCCCAACCCACGGGCGUGCGGUCGGGAGCAACGAGAAAGGCGAGGAGCAUCAAGAUGAGUCCAGAGAGGCUUCCCGCCAAGCAAGUAGCAAGAGGAAUUCCGCAAGCAGCCGCAGCAACAGAAGGGGGGACGACGCCCAGCCUGCCUCUUUGAGGGUAUCCAUCGGUAUCCCAGGCCUCCAGCCUGUGAUUCCGUUCCAUCCCAGGUGA